AUGUCGGGGCCAGACGAGCGCGAGCCCGGCGGCGGGGCGGCGGCCGGCGUGGUGGCGGCGGGCGCCGGGGGUCCUCUGGCGCUGGGGGAGGCGGCGGGGCCUGGCCCGGGGGCGCCGAGGAGCCGGGGCCGCCGCUCGGGGCUGGGGGCGGGCGCGGGGGGAGGCGGCGGCGGCGGGGGCCUUGUCCGGCAGCCAGAGCCCGGCGGCGACCGCGACUCCGACGCGCCGCCCAAGAAGCGACUGAAGCUGCCGGGCGGAGCCGAGGGAGGCGGCGGCGGCGGCGUCAAGCUGGAGGAGCGCCUCUACUCGGUCCUCUGCUGCACCGUGUGCCUCGACCUGCCCAAGGCCUCCGUCUACCAGGUGCGACCCGCGUCCUCCUCCUACACGUGUACACGCGUGUACGGGUCCCCUUCCCACGUGCCGGGUUCCUCUCCCUCCGCAAUGGUGGCAUUCGGGGGCGCGCACGGGGCUUGCAUCCCGCUGAACCUUUUGCCCCGGGGCGGGAAGGGCUACCUGGGGUGCAGGUGUUCGUGUGAACGCGAAGGUAAGCGGGAAUGCAGAGGAACGCGGGCAGCGGCGACCUUGUCGUGAACCAGGCCCAUACCUGGCUCAGUAGGGUCUCCACCCGUCUUUCCCAACCUCGGGUGGCCCCGGGGGUUGUUGGCCUACAGCUCCCUAGCCAGCAGGACCCGUGGUCCGGGAUGAUGGGAUAUGUAGUCCAACCCGAGGUUGGGAAACGCUUGGCAGGCAGCAAGGACUCUCUCCCAGCCUUACCUGCAGGUGCCAUGGGGAUUUGAACCCGGGACCUUUUGCAUGCAUGCUUGCAAGGCAUGGGCUGCCAAGCCUUGGCCCAUCAUGAAACGGCCCAUGUCAGUUGUGACUCGUGAGCCGCCCAUCUCAUUUCGCUCGUUUCAAACUUGUGGUCUCCACUGCCCCCAAUUGGGCUGGGUUAGGAGCUUUUCAAAAUGAGGGGAGAAAUGCAAGGAAAUGCUUGAAAUAGGAGAGAUGGAGAGAAAAGCACACUUUAAAAAAAUGAUAUUAAAUCCGCGCUUUCUAAGGAUCAUCACUUAAUAAUGCCGGUGGGUUGUCUCCUAAGUCAAGGUGUUUAGCUGAUUAUUCUUGCCUGACUGGUAUAAUAGUGGUGUGGAUCAGUCCCCUUCUCUUCCUCCCCCACCCUCUGCCCCUCCUUCAGUGCAUAUUCUGGGCGGAAUAGCCAGCAUCAUGGCAGGUAAGUACAGAAGUAGGGAGGCAGUAACCACUUGAAUCGGAGAGAUGUGCUUGUGAUGUGUUUUCUUGCAUUCUUUCAUUGUUCUUCCCACCCUCUUGCACAGAGAGUGUCCAUCAAAUAACGUACAUACAUUUUCCCCUUCCUAUUAUGCUGUAUUUCUGUAAGCCAUGCUGGAGAAAUCCCUAAAAUGGAAACAAUUAUCUAGUUCCACAAAUCAGACACGCCCACCUUGUUUUGCUUUGUCUGAGAUCUCCAUUUAUCCAGCGUUUGGGCAGGGUCACCUCAUACCUCUUCCUGUGUGCUGCUUGCUCCUGACUCAUUAAUUUAGCCUCUUGGGUGGCAGGUUUAGCUGCUGAUCUUUCAGCCUGUGGUAUAACUUGUUCUGCUCAUAAUUGCUGCUCUGAGCUUCCCUUCCCCCUAUGUUUUGGAGGAAGGGUGGGAUGUAAGUACAGUGGUACCUCGGGUUACAUACCCUUCAGGUUACAGACUCUGCUAACCCAGAAAUAUUACCUCGGGUUAAGAACUUCGCUUCAGGAUGAGAACAGAAAUUGUGUGGUGGCGGGGCAGCGGGAGGCCCCAAUAGCUAAAGUGGUACCUCAGGUUAAGAACAGUUUCAGGUUAAGAACGGACCUCCAGAACGAAUUAAGUUCUUAAGCCGAGGUACCACUGUAGUAAACUAGGAGUGAGAGUUGUUGGGAUGUAAAUGGUGAACUAGGAGUGAGCCAUUGUACAACUCCACUCAUCUACAGGGACUCCCAUUGCCCUGAAGUCAGGUUCAAGAAACCAUCAUCUCCUGACUCUGUUUUAUGGUAAUGUUCAAAGUGCUGGAUGGGACUUCGCAGUGUGUUGAUUCUUCUUGUUGCCACUGGCUCUGCAAGUCUCAUCUGCUGUGAUUCCUUAAGAUACUUUGCUUGCAUAUGAUGAGAAUUCCUCUCUGCUAUCUUUAUACCUAGUGAAUGUGUGCAUGAGUAUUGGAAGGAGAGCAGCCUGACAGCUAUAAAAGAGAGGCAGUCUCUUCUCUUUCUUCUCUUUGGCGAUCACUUGUAGUCGAGUAAGAUUGUGUUCCAUAAACACGGUUUUAAUGAGUCCAUAAGUGACUGUGGAGGCCAGUUCUGGAUCCACACGUCCUUCCACAGUGGGGACAUUGGUUUCCGGGCAGGAGUUGAUCCCGUUGUGGAUUUGCCAAGCGUGCCUUCCUCUUAGCACGUUUCUCCCUUGCGUCCUGAGUUUGAGUGUCUUCAAAGCCUGUGACACCUUUGGCAAACGCUGUUCUCCAACUGGGGCGCUCGCAGGCAAGUUUUUCCCAAUUGUUGUUUAUGCUACAUUUUUUUUUCUUUGCCUUGAGACAGCCUUUACACCUCUUUUGUUGACCGCCAGCAUUACGCUUUCCAUUUUUAAGUUUGGAAUAGAGUAGUUGCUUUGGAAGACGAUAAUCAGACAUCUGCACAGCAUGACCAGUCCAACAAAGUUGAUGUUUGAAGAAUCAUUGCUUCAACACUGGUGAUAUUUGCUUCUUCCAGUACACUGGCAUUAGUUCGUCUGUCUUCCCAAGUAAUGUGUAAAUUUUUUUGGAGACGCCAUUGAUGGAAUCUUUUGAGGAGUUGGAGAUGGUGUUUAUAAGUGGUCCAUGUUUCACAAGCAUACAGUAACGUUGGUGAUGAUCCAGCGAGUGAGUAAGAGAGGCAGUAGAGACACAUUAAGGGACAGUGGUGAGAAGACUGGGAAAGGUUCAGAGAGCCUCAUUUAGCCUACAGGUUGAAUGAAUUUUACAGGGACUGGGUUCCUACUUUCCUAUAUGUAUGAGAAAGAUCUGCUUGUCUUUCUCUACAGAAUUAGAGAUACUUACUAUCUUCACUUUUAAAACUGUGGCUUGCUUCUUCGUUUUCUUUUCCUUUUCUUCUCUUCUUCUUUUCUACCUACUUCCAAAGAUAUACCAGACCAAGCCCCCACCUCCUGUACCUAAAUAAGAACAUCCAGACUAUAACUUCCAAGUAGUUCCUCCCACCUUACAAAUGCACAAAACUUUCAGAAUUAGCUGCAAGGUACUAAAAUCAUCUCAACAAAAUUAAGCGUUGGCAUUCAUUUUCAAAGAGGUUAAGGGAUGUUGUUGGACUUCUGAUCAGAAAUGGAGAGGCCAGAGAAGUUGUAUGGACAUUAUAUUAAAAGUCCCAGAUCCUCUUGCUGGGGAGGAAGUCUGGUGUGUUGUUUUGGCUGACAGAUGUGCCUUGCUGUUCUGACCAAGAGAAUGCUCUGGGCUUCCUGAGCUCCAUGCAUAAAUUCAGGUACUGCUACCAGAUGAUGCUUUCUGCCUCUCUGUUUUGGUAAUGAAGAGCUCUGCAGUGUACACCAAAGCUUGGAGAAACCCCCUUCCCUGUUUUGCAAAGAUGUUAGCUUAAAGUGCUUGUUUAGCGCCUGCAUUAUCAGAACCUGCUUCCUUCCCCCCAUUUUUGUGCUCCAUUUAAUUCCUGCAAACAUUUUAGGGUAAAGAAGCCACAGAGGACUCUUCAGGCAGUCUGUGCAAACAAAUCAACAAUCAAAUGGACUUAUGUCCAGUUGUGCCUCUGUUGUUGGCUGUUCAGCUGCAUGAAAGCCUCCUGUUCUGUUCUCUCCCCUGCCCUCCCCCCCCCCACAAUGUUUGCACUUAAUUGGUGCAGAACAAGGACUCGAACUAAAAGAAGCCAAGUGUGAACCAGAAGCAUGGAACAUGUGACUUGCAGCAUGUGACUUGGCUUAGUUAAGUCCCUAAAUGCAAAGGUCAUCGCCUUGGUGAUGUUACACUUUGGUGGUUGCGCCCUAAUAAUAUCCGCACAGUGUUCUCUGCCUCACUGUCAAAUAAAGAGAUGUCAGAUGUACCAUCCCCAUAAUUCCUUGCUGAAAAACAGGACAGGAAUUGCAUUUCGUUUUUGGAAGAACAAGAUUAGUGUUAGCUUAACCAGUUUGAAAACAAGCUCAAGAUCCCAGGGAAGAAAAGCAUCAUUGUUGGUUGCAGCGCUAUGAGGAGAAGCACACAGGCAAUUAAACUCUGGCAGUGACAAUAAUGGAAGCAUUUUCUGUUAAUACAGUAUCUGUGUCUGGAGUCCAGUGGUUGUUGCAAUCAUAUGAGGCUCCAUGAUAAUUGAGAAGCUUCAGCCGAUACAGAAUGCAGUUGCUCGUCUCAGAUACCAAGAGAUGUGCAUAUAGUCAGCCUGUUCUGCAUCAGUUGUAACUGGUUGUCAGUUUGUUUCUGGACCCAGUUCAAGGUGCUGGUCUUGAUCUUGAAAAUCCGUGACCUUCAAGGGCUGUCUCUCCCCACAUGACACAUGCACACACACCCCUGCUAGGUGAGAUCUGAUAAACACUGCUUACCAUCCCAGCUCUGGCAGGUCAGGAGAAGGAUGACUAGAAGCUGAAUCUUAAAGUUUAUGAUCAUGGUGCCAAAGUUGUGGCACUUUCAAAGCCGAUCUACCAGCUGUCUUCUUGGAAGGACAGAGGCCGGGAGCCAGUCUGUCCAAUGACCAUCAGCCACCUGCUAAAGUUAACUGGCCUUCCUUUCUAAGGUUGUCUAUCACCAACCACUGUGUGGGAAGGAUUCUGUUGACUUAUGUCUUGAAUUUUUUUAGUCAUUUUUUUGUUUGUUUGUUUAUGCAUUUAGAUGUUGUUUGUAAGCCACCUUCAAAUAUCCUGAAAGGCAGGACACAAAUAAUUAUAAUAAAUUAUGCAAAAGUUCCAGGACCCGCUGACCUAUUAUUCCUGAUUUAUGAUGUCCAUCUUUUAUGGGUUUUUGUUAGUUCUGGUUGUUCUUUUUCAAUUAUUUGAUGUUUACAACUUUAGUAAAGGCUUUGUGUAAAUAUUUUAUCUAAACUAAGAAUAAUUGCCUCAUUUUGCCAUUCUGUGGUUUGAGCCUCAGAACUAAGUGUCAUAGAUUUGUAAAUAGUUGUUUCCACUCUUUUCCAUACAACAUUUUCCGUACAGUUGGGGAAGCAAGUAAAAGCUGGUGUUCUCUUGCACACUGGGGGGAUUGUAACCUAAGCAGCGAAGGAUAGUGGCUGGUACCGAGGAAGACGUUUAAGAAAGCAUACUACUUGUGUUAAAGGUUGCAAAAGGAAGCAGGGUUCCCGGAAAGGUCAGUUCAAAGUUGUCUGUGGCUGCUCCAAGCCCAGGAAUGUAUUCUUGCAGCUUCAUUUGAGAAGACUGGGGAUGAGCCAUAGCUCAGUGGUAACAGUUCACGCAAAAGGUCUGAAACCCCUGGAGUCUUGUCUACUUCACAGUAUAGACCCAGGACCCAUCUUUAGUACAUUUAGGGAAGUCUCUUUUUAACUGCUUGUUUACCAUAUAUUUACAGUAUCUGAUGCUAUUGCUGUUGUGUGUUCCCACCUUAGAAGAAGUCACAAUGCAGCCGUGGGGUGUCCUGACCCACCAGUUGACGACCAGUGCCCAGAUUGUUGAGCAAUCAGAGCUGAGGAGAGGAAGAGGGUUUUACUGCAAAGCUCCUUCCCAUGCAAAUUGUGCAACAUAGUUCAAAAGAAGCAGCUUAGAAACAGGAAGGGGCUAUGCCCUGAGAGUGUAAACAGAUUUGUUGCAGGUUACAGUCCUGGCUGAAUCCUUGAAUGCUUGAAUGCUUUGAGUCUUCAGGAAAACUUGCCCUUCCCAAAGAGCUUCAGUGUCAGAAAGAAUUGUGUAAUAAGUGCCAUUUAUAUAACUCAUACUAUGAUGUGCAAAUGCUUUGGAAGAUUGUUUUGUAUUCACAGCAGUCCUGAGAGCUAGGUGGUUGCAAAUAGAAAUACAGUAUGCAGAUAAUGGCAUAUUUUGCAGGCAGCAGAACUGAGGCCGAGAGACUUGCCUAUUAUAGUCCAGUGUAUCUGUUGAUUCUUUCACUGAAUAGGGGUUUGCGCCCCUGCCUAAAUGCUGCAGGAGCCUACAGAUGUUGUCUAGACUCAGAAAAAGAGGGGAGAGGUUUCUUGAGUGCCUUCAGCUUAGAAAAUGGCAGAAGCACUUCUACUGAGUUAUUCCCUCCCCCAACUCAGGGUUUGCUACAGUAGUAAGCAUAGGCCUUGGCAGCUGUGUGGGCUUGUUGAGAGGUUAGUUUGUCAGGACUUGGCGUUUCAUGAUCAUCUUGCAUUCAUCAUUUUUCUCUGAAAUGUUUCUAGGAAUUCUGCCUGUCUGCCGCAGCUCUUGUGCUCUGCUCUGCUGCCAGGUAGAUGGAUUCAGGGUUUAGACUGAACUUCCAGGAGGUGACUGAAAGGUCUCCCAGGCUGCCAGAAGCAUCUGUAACCUUGCAUGAGUGUCUGAAGGGAAUAUGUCUCGAUAGACGAAUGUAGUCAGCCUCUCCUUAACUUGACAUGUUACUUUGAUCAGUACGGUUCUUGGCAUGAUGCAUCUAUCCUUCUUUACUUGGAGUAUGUUUUAUGCCCCAUUUUCCUGUCCCAGUUUGUUGUAUGCCCAUGUCUUCCAGCUGCCACAGUCUCUUUCCAGGCCCACAUGCGGUUGAUUAGUAAAUGAAGAGGAGCAGCUAAAGGCAAGGGGUUCUCAGACAGAUUUAUUUAAGCUACUUGCCUCCCUCCCCUUUCUCCAAGUAGCCUGCAGCUGGCAUUUUAGGAACUCUAUGUGGUAGGUUGGGCCAAGGGAUAGUGACUUGUUGAAAUCAUCUGAGUGAAGUUUGAACCCGAGGUUUCCACACUGAAACCCCUGACUACACCUGGGUGGCCUAAACAGAGCUAUUGUGUGCCCCUGCUUUCCCCCAGCCGUACUGUGAUGUCAGAUCCUGCCUGGCUCUGUUAGUGAUGCUGUCCCUGGUGACUUCAUCCUGUUAAGAGGUUGUGUGCCUCUGCAAUAUACUUGACCUUCUUUACUCUUUCAUUAGUAGAAACCCCAUACCUAUUGUCUGAUGAUUGCCUAGAUUAAGGUUAUCAGAUUUUUUUCAAUGAAUCUGGGGACACUUUUCAACUCCAAUGGAUUUUGUAUGGGGACUGAUUUGUAAAUCCAGGGCCUGUCCCCAGGAAACGGGGACGUCUGGUAACCUUAGCCUAGAUGCCUCUUUGAGAAUCCUUGGGUGAAUGACAUCAUGCCCACCCUGCUAACUUAAUGUAGUAUACUGAAUGAGGGUCAGUAAAUGGAGACUCAGUCCACACUGUAGUCCAGCAACAUCUGGAGGCCAAUGGGGUCAUUAGCCAACCCUGCUCUAAAGAAUUAGGUUUGUAGUUUGGGGGUGCUCUUGGACCUAGUACUGUUGCUGGAUACAUAGGUGGCCUUCUUUCAUCGUCUUAGGGCUGUGGUUGAUAGAUCAGCUUGAUAGAAACGGCGUUGCCGCCAUUGCCCGCAUUCUGUCAUCACCGUUUUGGAAUACUGCAAUGCGUCAUGUGUGCGGCUGCCUUUAAAAAACCCUCCAGAUGUUUCAGUUGGUUCAAAAUAGGCAUCAUGAUGGUUAAUAUUAUGCUCUGUCACCUGCACUGGCUGCCAUUCCUCGACCCAUUUCAUAAUGCUGGUAUUAAAGUCAAAAACAGGUUGUGGCCAAGGAGUGCCAGCCUCCGCCCAUAUAUGCCCACGUGUACCAUAAUAUCGUCUUCUGAGGCCCUUUUCUGGAUGAUUCUGUCGGAUGAAAACCUUUCUUAAUUUCCCCAAGCUUUUUAGUCCUUCAGUUUUAAAAAUAGAUUGCCUUUUUUAAAAAAGAUGUUUGCAAUACUGUUGGUUUUGCUUUGGCUUUGGCUUUAUUCUGUGGCUGUUUUCACAUGGUUUUAUCCUUGUAUUUUAUGGUUCUAAACUGGGUGGCUAACCCAUGACCCUUGAUAUAUUGGUGGACUAUCAUUUCCAUCAUCCCUGAUCAUUGACCAUGCUGAUGGGAGCUGUAUACUGACAGCAUUUGGAGGGGCCACUGUUUAACUGGGAGGGCUCCUAGUACAUUUCCGAGCACAAUUCAAAGUGUUGUUGAAUUUAAAGUGACCUUUAAAGCCCUAAACGGCCUCUGUCCAGUAUACCUGAAGGAGCGUCUCCACCCCCAUCGUUCUGGCCGGACGCUGAGGUCCAGCACUGAGGGCCUUCUGGCGGUUCCCUCGCUGCAAGAAGCCAAGCUACAGGGAACCAGGCAGAGGGCCUUCUCGGUAGUGGCGCCCGCCCUGUGGAACGCCCUCCCAUCAGAUGUCAAAGAGAUAAACAACUACCUGACAUUCAGAAGACAUCUUAAGGCUUCUUAAGGUUCAGGGAAGAUUUUAAUGUAUGACAUAUUAGUGUAUUUUUGGUCUCUGUGGAAGCCGCCCAGAGUGGCUGGGGAACAAAUAAUAAAUUAUUAUUAUUAUUAUUAACCUGUUUUGUGAACCACCCUGAGAGUGCCUGCUAUUUGGCAAUGUAGAAAUGGAGUUAGCAAAUACAUAAAGGCUUUGUUUACAGGUCACUUGUGAAACCUUUGUUACACCAGUGUUCCUGUUUAAGGCAGAGUGUGUGGCGAUGUGUAUAUUUGGUGCCAAGGAGGAUUUUGACUUAUUGCUCUAGUUUCUCUCUUUAAUGAAUUCCUGGCCAAUACAGUCAGGGGAAUUCAUACUGGUCUUUAAAUUGAGCGGAAAGUGGUUUUGUGAAUAUUCAGCCCCUCUGCACAGAGUUAUUUAUUUGUAUUUGUCCUGCAGGUGUUGUGCCUUCAUUUUACUUCAGCCUACAGACCACUUGGUUUGGAGCAACUGCUUUGAGGUAUUUUCUGUUAUGCUGUUACCUACUUAGGAGAAAUGGCUCCUUGCACAGGAGGCAGAUGGAGCCCUCCAUUCCUAACAGGAAAAGAAAAAUCAGGUUUCUGUUCUGGGAGUUGUAGAACAUUAGGGAGACAAUGAUGGAGAGCUAACUGAAUCUAGAUCCCAUUUGAGAUUCCCUUUAUGGUGGUGGCAAAAAGAUAUCAGUCUUUUAUGUUACGGGUAUAUUAGUGGAAUCUCAUCCAGCAGAGCUGUUGCGUGGUGCCUUCAGGGUUAGCAGUGACCCUGGGCAGGCAGAGUUUACAAUGCUUGCAUGGUCUAAGCUAUUUAUUUUCUAUCUGUGCUUGAAGAAGAGACCUGUAAAUUGACCAGCAACAAUACUGGGCCAGAGGGAGAUGCCUGCUGAAGUUGCUCAGACUAAAGCAGUGUUUUUCAGUGUUGAGUCCCAAAAUGUCAGACUACAACUUGCAUUACCCCCAGGCAGCCUCACCAGUAGUCGGGGAUGAGGGCAGUUGUAGACUUAACAAUGCCUUAGAGGUUUUCUUACAAUCAAGUGGUAUAUAAAUCCCAAGAGUAGGAAAUAUCUCCCAAGGAAGGGGGUAUGGCUGAGGAAAAUGCAGAGUUCAGGUAUGUUUGCUUUUUAUUUAAAUUUUUUUAAGUGAUGUAAAAAGCAUCACACACCUCUCAUAUCUCUGCACAAGUGCCAGCAGACAUUGAUGAGUCUGAAGGAAGGCAGGCUAAAGGAAUCCAAGAUGGAAGCAGUUGGCUGGGUGCUGAAUUAUUUUGGUCCCUUCCGUCCAGCAUUCGUGUAUAACUGCACCUGUACUUAGCCUUGUAUGUGACUUAUGAGACAAACUGGUGAAAGAGGCAGUGAAAUGAUGAUCUAUGGCUUUUCAUGCCUCCCCCCCCCCCUUUAUUGGCUGAGAUUUAUAGGUAGCAGUCAUUCCAACAUCUGGACUCCACCAUCCUAGCUUGUAGGUGCUGUUACUGACAGCCACUUCCUGUGUUGAUGCGAAAGUAUAAUUGCUCUGUUUUUCUCUAAUUAGGGUUAUGAAGCACCAUGUGGUGUUUUGAGUGAGAAUAAACGGGAAAAACCAGGCUCUUGUUUCCCGAGCCGCCUGCCACCUCCUCCUCAUGAGGACUUGGAAAGACAGGUCUGUUAAAUGCAGGGCACAAUUGUGCUUCCAAGGCCAAAGCCUUGUUUAUUAAAAGCCCCAUAAAGGGAUCAUUCAGUGAUGUUCUUUUGGUUGUUAUCCUUCACCUGGUUUUGCGUUAGGGCAGAAAAUAUAGUGAUGUUUGUGCAUUAGCAUUGCUGUGAUAUGAAAAUAGCAUAAAAUAGUGACGGAGUAAAAGGAGCUCCUUGGAAGAAAAGAUUGUAUAUCAGUCUGGUACAUUAAAUAGAUUAUUGCCUAGACUCACAGUAGUGGUUUGCAAACCUGCCCUCAAAUUCUGAGUAGUGGGAUUUUAUCCAUGUGCACAAACUCAUCAGGCUCAGAUUGGAAACUGCUAAAUAUGUAUGUAGUAAGCAAUAGAAUUGUCUGAACCUCUUGUAGGUAGGUAUCUUACAGCACAGUCCUGUUCACAUUCACUCAGAAAUAAGUCUCACGGUGUUCACUGGGGUUUCAUCCUAAAGAAGUGUGUCUUUGGAUUGCAGCUGAAGUGUAGGGUGGUCUAUGCAGAUCACUUUUCUUCUUUGAGGAUGGUCUGUAUCUGAAUGAAUGGGAGGAUAAACACACUUGAGAUGGGUCUCUUUAAGUUGGCAAGAAAUUAAGGAAGGUGGAUAAAAGAGGCAUCUCUGUUAUCAGAUGUUCUGCACUUGACUAGAUGACUCCCAGCUGUAUGUUUGGUGACUGUAAGUAAACUGUACCUGUUGAGACUGAUUGCCUGAGGACAGCAGGCUUGCCUAGCCUGAAUGUAUUUGGCCGAUUUGAAGGCACAACUAUUUUUGGACAGUGUUGUACAGUCUUUCUCACCUCAUUUGCAGCUUACAAAAUCACCUUCAGGUCCCUGAGUUGUGUGGUGGGCUGAGGACAUGGUCCUCCGCAUGUUUGAAAGGAAUGCUUCUCGGGUUCUUGCUCUGGAACACUUUACGAUUGGACCGCGUUGAGCUUGCAGAGUGGCUGGGUCUGAACCAAGUAUGCUGGCCUUGGGCCAUGGUUGCUUACAUAGAGAGGAGAACUGUAUUCUAAGUCAUUUCCAUCCUGCUCUUUUUCUCACUAGAGGUGGCACCCCCUUCAUUUUGUAUUUUUACUUAGGAAUGCAAUGAUUAUUUGCUUCUUGAGCAAAUAAAUUUUUUUAAGGUGUAGAAAAAUGGGGGAAAAAUUGAAUUGGGAACUGUUUAGAAGAGAAGAAGAAGAAGAAUUUGGAUUUGAUAUCCCACUUUAUCACUACCCUAAGGAGUCUCAAAGUGGCUAACAAUCUCCUUUCCCUUCCUCUCCCACAACAAACAGCUGCAUGUGGAGGAGCGGGGACGCAAACCCUGUUCACCAGAUUACAAGUCCACUGCUCUUAACCACUACACCACACUGGGAAGUUUUUUAAUGUUUAAUGUUGUAUUGUGUUUUUAAUAUUCGGUUUUUUAAUAUUCGGUUGGGAGUCCGUCCAGAGUGGAAACCCAGCCAGCUGGACGGGAUAUAAAUAAUAAAUUAUUAGUAGUAGUAUUAGUAGCAUUAGUAUGUAGGCAAGGAAGAAUGGAAGUAUAAAUGACAUAAGCUACGUAGAACUCAAGCAUGACACAGGGAUUGAGUGAAUCUUCUGCAAUUCUAGAAAACCUCUGAAGUUCUGGUUUUCCUUUUACUCACAGUGUACAAACGGUCACUUGAUGUGUGCUGGGUGCUUCAUCCACCUGCUGGCAGAUGCCCGGCUGAAAGAGGAGCAAGCCACUUGCCCAAAUUGUCGCUGUGAGAUCAGCAAGAGCCUCUGCUGCCGAAAUCUUGCCGUAGAGAAAGCAGUGAGCGAGCUGCCGUCGGAGUGUGGUUUCUGCAUGCGUCAGUUUCCUCGCUCUCUUUUGGAGAGGCAUCAGAAAGAAGAAUGCCAGGACAGGUAAAGGGCUCUUCUUGCCAUUUGCCGAAGAGUUACUGUUGAAUCCAAGGCAGUUUGCUACGAUGGGAUGGGCAGGAAUGGUGCCGACAGGAAAAAGGGGCACUCCAUCUAGUCAUCAGCGAAAUUGGGGUUCUGUGCUUAAUAUGUAUUGUACAAGUCAUCUUUUGCAGGAAUGCUCUUGGUUUUUUGUGUGUGUGUGUGUGUGUGUGUGUGCGCACGCGCUACCCAUUAUACGGUUCCAUAGAAAACUGUAGGGAGAUAGUGAUGAUGAAUAUUAUGAGCAUUUAUGUUGCUUACUACAUAAAAUGCCUCAAAGCAAUUUACAGUUAUAAAUGCAUGCAAAAUACCAAAAAAAAUAAAAUAAGAUCGAAAAGAUUAAAUAACAUUAAAGAUUAAAAGUGUUCAUACUUCAGUAACACCAAAAGGGUGACUCCAGCCCUGCCCAACUGUAAGAUGAAAGCCAAUACAAGGCUUAGGGUAUCAUCAUACCGGAGGGCCCCAAUUAAAAGCCAAAUGCCAGGGUAAAUAGGCAAUGUCUUUGUUCAUGACGGUUUCUCCAGUUUUGAAAUGGACCCACAGGUACAAAAAGGUUGGCAGCCCAUGAUUCAGGGUGCCAGAGCAGGUGGUAUAAAGACCAGUGGCCUUGGCCACGGGGGCGAGAGGAAUGGUCAUGUAAUGAGAUGACUUAAAAUGUCUGGUCUUGUUCUUCAGUGAUGAAACAUUUUAUUUGUGUCAUAUCAACAAGCCCCAUCCUGGCGAUGAAGGCACAGCUUUACUGUUCUGAUACCUGUUACUAACAUCUGUGCUGGGAAGCUGUGGUCAGUGCAGCAGCCCUGAGGGAGAGAAAGGGGUCCGGUAGUUUGUGAAUCUUUCAUAUCAAGGGUUGGAAUUCCAGGGUCCUUUCCUUUGUGUGUCAUUUUUUGGGACUACUUUUUGCCGCAAGCAUUGCUGCACAGUGUGCCACCCCACCUCCAUCCGCCCUGGCAUCCUACUCGAAACAGCUGCUCAUUUGAGUUUUGCCCUCCUUUCCGCCUGCAGAGUUACUCGGUGCAAGUACAAGCGGAUUGGGUGCCCCUGGCAAGGCCCUUUCCACGAGCUGACCGUACACGAGGCAGAGUGCACACACCCAACAAAGACGGGGAAUGAGCUGAUGGAGAUUCUGGAUGAAAUGGACCAAACGCAUAAAAAGGAGAUGCAGCUGUACAACAGCAUAUUUGGCCUGCUCAGCUUUGAGAAGAUUGGCUAUACAGGUAAUUGCUGGGAUUUGAUCAGGCUAUAGAUGAAAAGAGCUUUUGUGAUUGAUGCUGGGUUGCUUAUUCCUUGCUUCCCCCCCCCCCCUUGGUACAUUAGUGCCAUUUGUCUAUUGAUAGUCGUAUUUCUCUUAUGCAACAGUUAUUAAUUUGUUUUCAUUAAAUAAACAUGCAGCAACUGUUCCUCUAGAGCAGAAGAGCGAGACUUUGCUGAUCAGACAGGGCUACAGCACAAAAUGUCUGCCCCAGGAAACCUCCUUGUCCACUUGAGAGUUCAGGUUUAAGGGUGAACCUCUGUGUGUGUGUGUGAAAUGUUUUACAUGAUGCUGAGGGCCUGGGAAGAAAAGUGACCGGGUGUGUGUGUGUCACAAGCUGCACGGUCUGUGCACAGCUUCUGGUCCCUGAGCCACGCGCUCAGAGGCUAUCUUCUUGAGCAGAAUUGACUGCUUCUUUGGCAUUCUUCUUUGCUGAUUAUUCCACUGUGCAGCAUUGAUGUCGCGUGGAAGAAGGACCUUUCAUAGCUGCAGGUAAGGCGUUGUAGUUGCAUUUGUGCCAGGCCUCAGACUAAGGCCUAAGACCAGUGUUGGUUCUGCUGCUUUGUACGGGGUUGGGGAUAGUGGGCGGGGGGGACGGGACAGUGUUUUAAUAUUGAGUGCCCUUUGUCAGUCAUCUAGUUUGGUUGGGAAUCUGGUGUAUUAAUAUCUGGUGUAUUUAAUAUCUGGUGUAUUACAACUUAGGUUGUAAACUCUACAUGAAAUCUGUUCUUUGCGAAAUGAAGUAUUAUUGCACCUUCCAGCUUAAGUUUUGAUUACUAUUCAGAGAGUUGGUUGUUCAUGUGGUUGCUAUACAUAUUUUGAAAACUUUGGGAGUUUUCCAUCCAACCCCUUUUCCAAAGAGGUUGAAACAUUGUCAUCCUUUCCUGAUGUGGAGCCCUUUCCUGGUUUUCUUGACCUAGCAGCAAAGUGUUUUCCCCCUUAAGUGGGGGAACCAUAAAGGUAAAUCUUCAAGGUUAGGGAGGAGGCUGUCAUUUUAUCCUGAUAGAACUAAACUGCUUUUCCAGGUAAGCCUCUGACUCCGUUGGUAUGACUCCUGAAGUAGGCUUGGCAACAUGUUCAGCAUAAUGUGUGGGGAAAUCACUGUUUACUGAUUGGGGGUGGGAAAAUAGAUACUGAAACCUCCUUUGUUUUGCUGUAAAUGUUCACCUUUCCUGCAGAGAGGACCUGAAUGAGUUUACCCUGUUGUCUCCAGUCCUGAGAAGUAGUGGAUUUUCUCUGUUGCCCCAGGAAGUGCUGCAACCUGCAAAGAGGAUUUUGCUUGUCUUGGCUAAGUUAGAAAAGGUGCUUGGAGCUUGAAAAAGCAAAGCGACAAUAAGAGUCCUGGUGAACUUGGGACGUGGAGCAAGGUGGCCAGAUGCCUCCCUCCUGAGAAGUUCCUUGUUGUCCGGGCAAAGCAGCCGGAAUUGGGGGUGGCAAACAGUUCAGUUGGACACCCUGGUGGUGCCAGAUCUGAGAACCGCAAGGAAACGGCUCUACUGAAGAGCUAGGCAGUGCCUGCAUGGCAGUGCUGAGGGCAAGGGUGAUGGGUUCAACCUGCACAGGUUGAGAGCUGGCUGCUGAGGGUAGCGCUCACCUGCCCAGUGUCCUUGAACGCUGCGCAGCCUCUGCCCAUGAGAGAAGAGGGGUGGAGAUCUUCCUCUGCUUUAGAAAAGAGGCGGCCUCUGUCCAGAGAGGCUGUCGCUGCUUGACACGGAGAGAUCAAAAGUGCUGAGUCGGGCUGAUUGUGUGGCUUGAAUAACUCCAUCACCUCCUUUGUCCAGGUGUUGCUGCCGUUCCCCGGAAACACCGAAGAAUGCAAAAAUGUACACAGAGGUUCCCUGUCCCUGAGUUUCUGUGAGAUUCCAUGGGUUUUGUACACCAAAGACUUUUAAAACACUGAGCCAACAAUCUUGAUAUACUUGAACAAAACACAGCACUUCGUUGCACUGUGGACUCUGCUGGAGAAGGGUUUUAAGAGACUGACACUGGACUUGUGCUAAAUUGGAUAGAGCUUUCAAUGAUUCAGUGUACUGUUCUCUGUCUUUCAUGUAUCUAACCCCAGGAUUUUCUGCACUGUGUGAAAACCUGAAGGCUUUCUUCUUCAUCCACCCCACUCCCUGUUUCUUGGUUUGCAUUGUGGUGAUACCUAACUGUGCCAUCUACAGAUCUGUAUCGUUAAUGCCAAUAAAAUAAAGGUGCUGUGUUACAUGAACUGCAUUGUCUGACUUGGUUUUUAUGCACCCGUAUGUUGUUAUGGACACUCAUAAUGAAUCUGGAACCAGCGGCCUUUCCCCUACAAUUCUGAAUGGCACUUGAGUUGGCUUCGCUGCCUGUCAGUGGCCCAAGAAUUCUUAAUCGGGUACUUGAAGAGGCCUCCAGUGUGGUGCUGCAAAGGGUCUGGCCUUAGACCUAAAGUCUGAAUUUUAGAGCUGUGAUGUGAUUGUGCGCCACAAGCCGCUGCUGGUGGCCUCUUGAGGAAAUGCUCCUUAUUCAGUGGGGCAGCAUCAUGCAAAGAAUGGAGGGCAAGACCAGAAGACUUGAAGAUGCUUCGGUGAUAGCACCUUCCAUGUCCUGCGAUAAACGAACGUGGAGCAGAAAUCCUCUUGCUUCCAGAUGCCUCCCAUCCUGGAGUGGUGAUUUUUGGAUUGGUUACUCCUGACGCUCCCGCAGGGUUCCUUCAGGCAGUGUGGCUCCAGACAGACAGCUUCGUAGUAACAGUGGUUGCAUUGUUCACAUUUGAGCUUCCUUGCCACUUCUCUUCCUCCCUCCCCCCUCCCCCCCCACAAACUUAAGCAAUGAUGAAACUGUGUAGUGGUUUUUAAGUGUUAAAAUGCAUUGAUGUUUUAUCUCAUUUUCUCCUCUUCCCUACUCCCUUCCCUCCAAGAAGCCAAGUUGCUUCUCCCCCUAACUAGCUCUGAAUGGCUACUCUCACCCUUGUUGUCUCCUUACGUCCUGGCAAAGAAGGCCCCUCACAGUAGCUACAGGUAACUUGAGCUUUGUUUUUUUCUGCUGCCAGCUUCUCUGGUUUAACUGUGUGUCUCCUUUCUUCCACACACCCCCAACCCCCUUCUUCUCGCUCUCUUGCAGAGGUUCAGUUCCGUCCUUACCGAACAGAUGACUUCAUCACCCGCCUCUACUACGAGACUCCGCGGUUCACGGUGCUGAACCAGACCUGGGUAUUGAAGGCUCGAGUUAACGACUCGGAACGAAACCCUAACUUGUCGUGCAAGCGGACUCUCUCCUUCCAGCUCAUUCUCAAGAGCAAGAUCAACUCCCCCAUGGAGUGCUCGUUCCUGCUGCUCAAAGGACCUUACGAUGACGUGAAAAUCAACCCUGUGAUCUAUCACUUUGUCUUUACCAACGAGAACAACGAAACGGACUACGUGCCGCUCCCCAUCAUAGACUCUGUGGAAUGUAACAAAUUGCUGGCAGCCAAGAACAUCAACCUGCGUCUCUUUAUAUUCCAGAUACAGAAGUAAGCGUAAAGCAAAGCUUGGCUUUUCCAGGAGUGACCGAGAGAGAGAAUGAGAGGGCGAGAGAGAAAAAGCGUGCACCACUGAACCAGAGUUACCUCGAACGGCUGCCUCGACCCCUUUAUGAUUCCACAGUUAUUUGAUUAUUUUAAAGAGAACAUUUUGCAUGUGUGGUAUACAACAGCUUUGACCGGCCGCUGCCUUCCUCGUCUCUCUCUCCAUCUCUGCCAGGAAUAGGCGACUGGGGAACCGGCUCGGUGCAGGGUACUGACGAGGCUUGAGAGCAUCAAGCUGGCAACCACCAAUCAAUACAUUGUGAAAAGGCUGCAUCUGUGUCAUGAUUGUGUGUGAUCUCCACAAUGUAGUGUCAGGGCGGUUGGGUGGCGGUGUUAAGGUCCUUCACUGUGUCCUUCUGACCUGGUGGGGAGACAUUCUGGCUUGAAUAAUAGUAGCAAGAACUGGGUAGAAUCUGGAAGUGGUGGGUUCUGUCUUAGAUUUACUGGAAUAAAACAAAUGGGAGAUUCUCAGAUAACCAAGUCAUCUUCAGAGACCCCCACCCUACCCAGGCAAGGGGCUUUUUGCCAGGCUCCUUCUAACUGGGCUAAAAUGCCACAUUCUAACAAGUUCUGUAGAGAGGGGAGAUAAUAGCAUAUUGGGUGCUUUGUGGCAUGAAUGAGUAGCCGGCUCACCAAUCUUCCAUUUGUGUAUCAGUAGUUCAAAUCAUCUCCCCCCCCCAGCUUUUUCCGUACGGUUGAGCUGCCUGCUGGUGAAGAAGCAUUUGAAAUGAAGUCAGGAUUAAUAGAAGGUUAAUGAUGACAGAUGGAAAAGUUGCUGGCUCUUCCUUUCCGGCAGGAAGUAGCAUCCUCAACAUGGCUUGAAUUGCGCUUCGCGAGGAGAGAAUCCAGAGAGGUCCCGGCGUUGCCCUGUUCCUUCUGUUCCACCCCAGUCCCCCCCACCAUCAGGCUUGAGAUCUUGACAGACUAGAUAGGAACCUACAUAGAACUGACCCAAAUCAGUGCAGACUUCUCGGAAUGCAGGGUGAUUUAUUCUGUCUGUUUUGGGAACUUUCCCAAUACUUUGAAAAAAAAUCUUUCUUUCUUUCUUGUGCAAAUGAGUUAACAGGCUCUUCUAGUAAUUAUGCAAUUUUACAAUGUGAUUUUAUGUAUGUAAUAUAUAUAUAUAUAGAUAUAUGGAUGAGGAUAGCGUGGCCGUUCACCAAAUUUCAACGAGAUCUACAGGGAUAUUUUGCUUGAUGCUCUUAAACAUAUUUUUAACUGGGGUGGGGGGAAUUGGUGGUGGAUGAAGACUGUAUCAUGAGGAACUAAUAGGUUACGUUGCACAUCCAAGAUGAUUUUCUUCCCUCUCCUUUUGACUCCUUCCCCCUCAUCCUCAUGCCAUUUUUUAUUUAAAGGAAGCUACUUUUGGUGGCAAUGUAUGCUUUAUAUGGACUAAUUGGAUCAGGUAUGUUUUUUAAAACGUGAGAAUUUGCUGCAGGUGCUGUCCUCCUUGGGACUUACUGCUGUUAAAAGGGUAGCAAAGCAGUCCCCGUCCCCACCAGUUUUAAUGUCCUCCUUUUUCCCUUCAGCCUCCUGGUCACAGUGGUGGCAGGUGGUAGUCAAAGAAGCGUUUUUAGAAAUGUGGGGAAUUAGUCUGCGAUGUCCCAGGAGUAGGCUGGUCUGUUGUCACUGUGACCCACCAAGCUAUGCGCGGCCCACCAGCUGCACACUGUGCCAUGCCAGGUAUGUAGACACCCGUCUUGUGUUUGUCCUGGCAGGGCAGCAAAAGCUCCUGGUGACUGCCUGGGCCACAUUCAUUUUAGCAGGCCACAUGCUCUUGGGAGUCCCAGAGUAGGAGAAUGUCAUAGCAUGUGUUUAGAAAAAGUAAAGUGCCCAAGGAUAACGAGAGCUGAAGGUUGGCAAGCUGUUUAGCAGGAUGUUCCAGCUGAUGGCAUGUUAAACUGUUCAGGAAAGGAGUUGCCCCAUAUUAUAUUAGUCCUGUCUGAUGGGAAUGUGAAGGCAGAACUUCUUUCCUGAACAGCAUGGGUGGGAUACAUGGAAUAUCUGAAAAAGUUGUGAGCUUCAGAGGAAGAGCUUUUCAGACAUGCAUACAGCUGUGGCUUGUUUGUUCGUUUUAGCUGGUGAUUAGGAAUUAUUGACCAACUAGGCAGGGUUUUGUUUUUGUUUUACCAGUUGAGGGUUGCCAAAGCCAAAAUUAUGUCUCUCUUGCCCUAAGGUGUUUUAAUUGCAAGGACUCUGAACCAGGAACUAGUUCUUAAGAGCUCCACAAAGCAGGCUGCAUGCUAAAGCCCCCCUUCCAGGCAACUUCUUGUAAUGGGCGCUUUUGAGAAUUGGCAGCCUGGAAGAUCGGCCUUUGAAAUGGUCUGUGAAGGGCAGCACACUUGCUCAAAACACUUGGUACAAGAAUGCCCCUUAGAUGCCUGUGUGUGCAUGCAACUGUCUUCCUUGUAUUUGGGAAUGCAAACCAGCACUGAGCACUUUCUCAGGUAUUUGGAACGAAGAGGCUGUCUCUGGGCUCAAGUGCAGAACAUGUGGAUUGAGGAAGCUUGCAGCUUGUCCUGACGUGGAUGGCAGGGAACUAAAGCUCAUGGAUCCUUUUAUUGUGGAGCAGAUUUCAAGACUGCGGCCUCUAAAUAAUAGCCAGAAUUUGCACAUCACUUAAUCCUUAAACUGGAGCAGGUCUAGACUUGAAAUAGUUCUUCCCUACUUUACUCGUGUGCUGUGGUUGCUCUGGAAAUAAAUGCACACACCAAAAGUUUUACUUGUAAAAGGAGCUUAUGUAUACACUAAUGCAGAGGUUAGAAAUCUGCUCGUCAUGCUUCCAGGGACUGGCUUCAGCAUUAACCUUAACUUAUGAGUAGAAGUGAUAUACUAGGAAACUGCAGAAGAAGGAAUGCUUUCAAUGGGCCUGCCUUUCCUGCAGCCCGUCUCUGGAAGGCCGUAGGAAAGCUCAGACCUCAUCCUCACGUAGAUUGAAAAGGCAACAUCAGUUCCCACAAAGGCUAGCAAUGGAAAAUAAAAGUGCUGAUGAUGCCUAUGUCCAGAGCUUCCCAGACCCUGAUGUUUGGCAUGCGGUCAUGUAACUUGGAUGCAAGAGCAUCUUUGGGAGUAGCUCUUACCGGUCGGAUGUUGGAAGAGCUACCGUGGUAGUUAGGAGGAAGGUGUUCUUAGCAGGACUUCAGACCCCUCUGGUAAGAAAUGAAACACAAUCCUGGGGAUGGGAAGAGAAGGAAGAUGAGAUUGUGAACCAUCUUGUCCAAUAGGCAGUACUGUACCUCUCUCUGGAGGAACACCAGUGGAAAGAGGGGUUUGCUUGGCAUCCCACUUGGGUGUGGGAAGCGAAAUGGGCUUGAUCCUUGAGAUUCAGAACAUGGCAGACCGAGUGGAGCCUCUUCCACUCCCUCCCUUUGGAUCCUACCAGAGAACACCUGUCCAUAUUUUCAGAAUGCACUUGAGAGAUUGAGGAUUGGGCAGUCCUCCCAUAGGAUGGUAUUCAGAUUUGUUUUACUUGGAGCAGACCUGUUUAAAUUCAUGGGUCUAACCUAGUUAUGUUCUUUAAUUUCAGUGGGUCUCUUCUAAAACUUAGUUGAAUGCUACCCAUGGAGUCUUCCAUGUGUGGACUUUUUCUACUGGGUCAUCUGUAUGUCUCCUGUUGCUGCUUUUUUUUUAAAAAAAGAGACCUUUUGCUCUAGUUAGGACUAGAGGAGACAGAGUUGGCUACUGACGACUGGAGCGGAGGUCUAGAGGAAUUUGUGAUGUAGUAACUUUGAAUGAAGUGCAGUUGAAUUGUGCUGCAAACCAGCUGUAGCCUGGUGGUUGUACCUCUCAGCUCCUUUCCAGAGUUGAGGUAUCUUGGGUGUGAGUUCUCCCAUCCAGACGCUUCAAUACAUUUGGCAUCUGCCUCCUAAAAAGAGACCAGCUGCCACAUUCUUCCUUCCCCAGCAGGUUCCUCUGCUAAGACAUUUAGUGGCUGAUCAUCUCAGUCUAGCCAGUGGCAAAGAGCUAACUUCGAAGUUACCCAUUGGGAGCGGUUCAUGGGUAGACAUCAUUUCCCUUUAUCCUGUAUAAUUGAAGGUAGUUCUUCCCCCUCCCAACGGUUAUUGCAAGAAUCUAUUAUCUAUUGCCAAGCUUCUGACUUCUCCAGUAUUUCUGGGAGGGAGGGGGCAAUGUGUCGGAACAGCAGUGGACAGAAGGGACCCUCCUAGUUUCUUGAGAAGCUGUUGUUUAGGCAUGAUCGCAUCAUGGCAGUGGUUAAUUCUCCCUGAGAGCCAAGUGAGGGAUGGAAGUGGCUGCAGGGCUCUCCCUCCCCUGAAAUGAAGAGAGCAACUGUGGCCACCCCAAGAGUCUGUAUGUAAUGAAGGACAAGCACUUUGAAAGUGGAAGAUGAGCAAGUCUUCCCAGGGCUUGAUAUGAGAAGCAUGUUAAGGCUUUCUGAUCUGCUGGGAACCAUUUGUGUGAUUGGGGUCCUCCUUGGGGAUACCUCUCUGCCAGGCUUGCCACUGCCAGCAUUUUUGCUUCCCUGCUUUCAUUCUCAUCCUCCCUGCCUCACCACCACCACCUCCUCCUCCUCCUCCUCCCGGGUUGCCCUGUCCUCACUACGGGACUCUGUCCAACUUCUACUUGGUAGCUGAGCCUUAUCUGUCUAGUUCUGUGCUAGACGCCUAAAGAUUGUAGCAUGCUUAUCCAUGCCAGGGCCUGAAGGACUGGCAGACCACAAACCUCCUUACAGUAUUCACUGUGGGUAAUUUAUUUAACUAGCGAAUGUAGAAUUAAAAUAAUUUAAAAGAAAACUAAUGGUUUGUUUGCAAGAUGGUAUGUCCGUUGUACUUGGCCUGAUUUUUCAUUAUUUGUGUUCCUGUUGAUCUUUUCUUCUUCUUUUUUGUGGAGAAAAAGAGAGAGAGAGAAAGAGGGGUUCUCUGUUGGACCUUGGAAUCCAGCUGGAAGCUCCGGCUUGAAACCAGAAGAAGGUGGGAAGGGCAGUGUCAGUCUCCAGGCGCUUGUAUAACGGAAGGCUGCCACUUCUGUCAUCACCCCCUCCAUCUCUCCACCCUGCGGGCUGGCCAAGGAGAUGUGGGGCAGGGGGCUGCAGCUGCUCCAGUGUAACAGCUUUGGGGGCACCUGGCCAUAAGCUUCCGCCGCUACCGCCCGUCCCACCUUGUGUCUUCCCCAUUUUUGCGAGCACUACACAUGAUACCGAAAUGGCUUUUAAAAAAAUGAGGGAUAGUUUUAAAUGUUGUUGGGGAUGAUUUCUUUUGUUCCUUUAUCUGGUCUGCGUUUGUUUGAAGUUUCUGUAUGUAAUGUAGUUUAACGAAACAAAAAAAAAAAAAGUAUUGCCAACCCAUG